GAAAAAUUUUUCAUUCAGCUACUAAAAAAGGAAUAUUACAAUUUGUUUGUAUACUUCGAAAAGAUACAAAUGAAUAUGCUUUACCAGGUGGUAUGGUUGAUAAAAAAGAAAAAAUUACUGAUACAUUACAACGUGAAUUUCAUGAAGAAGUACUUAAUUUUCCUAAUUUAGAUGAAUAUAAUAAAGAAAAAUUGAUAAAAGCAGUAAAAAAUAUUUUUGAAAAUGGUGGUACAAAAAUUUAUUGUGGUUAUGUUGAUGAUCCAAGAAAUACUGAUAAUAGUUGGAUGGAAACAACAGGUAAGAAUAUUAAAAAUAAAUUGAGUAUGAUUUCGGGAUCAUAUAAUUUUCACGAUGAAAAUGAUGAACAUCUUGCAUUAAUCAAUGUUCAAGCUGGUGAUGAUGCAACACAUGCUUUUUGGCAAGAUCUUGAUUCUCAAAUUCCAUUAUUUGCAAGUCAUGCUGAUUUUCUUAGACAAGUUGCUUAUUUACAUAAGGCACAUUGGUGA